AUGCCAUUCAUUUGUCCUUCUAUUCGCAACCUUCGUAUCUCAAGCUCAAAACUCAGACCCGGCUCGAAUUUGCCAUUUUGUCUGCCACGUCGACGAAUCUCAUCUUCGCCGACUUGGAUCGAAGAAGAAACGUUGGCAGGAUACAAGUCCUCCAAAUACUAUCCCGUCAAAAUCGGAGAAACGAUUCAAGACACAUACAAAAUCCGAGUCAAGCUCGGAUAUGGUAGACACUCCACGACUUGGCUUUGUACUGAUUUGCAAAACUCGUUCAAAGUCCUGAAGAUAUUGACCGCUAACGACGGUGUCUCUCGAGAAGCGCAAGUCUUGAAGCAUGUACGAGAUAGUGCCACGGAGUCGCAAAGUCCAGGCAAAUACUGCGUCCGCCGGGCAGAGGACAUCUUCGUUAUCCCGGGUAAAAAGGGCAACAGGCAUCAAUGCUUCGUUUUCGAGCCUCUGGGACCAAAUCUUCUCGAAUCUGCAUCGCAGAGAAAGAGAACGUCACGAAAUGGCUUCCAUAUUGAUGAAGUACGCUGGAUGACCGUUUACUUUGUGCACGCUUUGGAUUUCUUGCACCAGCACGGAGUCGUGCAUACAGACCUGAAGCUUGACAACAUCCAGCUGACACUUCCUGAUAACGAAAAGGAAAUACUUGACGCCUUCGUUUCUGCUGCCGAGGCCGAAAAUCCGAGCACGAUCAGAACAAACGCUGAUGGCGCGCCAGUCUACACGUCUCGCCAAAUGUUUCAAGAUGAGCUCACUUUUCCCAUUCUCUGCGAUCUAGGAUCCGCAAAACUUGGGAAGCCGCCACAUGAAGGCUUGGUGCAAGCACUGCCGUAUCGAGCACCGGAAGUCAUGCUCGGAGCGAGUUGGGAUUCCAAGAUCGAUAUAUGGAGCUUGGGUGUUUUGAUCUGGGAACUUGUUCUUGGAGAACGACUUUUCGGAGAGAAGUCGCAAGAAACCUCGCUCGAAUUAAUGUUGCGCUACCUGGGCCCUCCGCCUGACGAAUUUCUUCAGCGCUGUUCUCGACGGGAUGAGUACUUUGAUAGUAAUGAUCAUUGGAGGCACGGCAAGAUAGAGCGUAUGGACUUGGAAGAUCGAGUGGAGAUGACGAUGGAUAUGCCGCUCUUCUUUGAUUUUCUGCGCAGUAUGCUGAGAUGGGAUCCACGCGAGCGACUUUCAGCAUUGGAGCUGUUGGAGCAUCCAUGGCUGCGAGUAUAA